AUGAUUCAAACAGUAGUUCAAGUAGCAAAUAUCGAUUUUGAAUAUAGAACACAAACGACUGUUAUUUCGAGAGAUGUCAAUAGUUUUAUGACCAACAAAUUUUUGAAGGAAUUCAAAGGAAGUGUCAUAAUCGAAGCUAAGGAUAAAUCUCCAAAGCAAGUUGUCUUGUUAUUAAAUUCAUAUGUAUCGUUCGUAAAGUUAUAUGGUAUGUUGAAACCAGAUUUAACGGGAAAAACAAUACUACAUAGCGGAGCAAAAUUUUUAAUAGUUUUAUUCUCGAAACCAAACCGACUGACACGAAUUUUCAGUCAUUUGUGGAACUAUUAUGCUGUCGAUGUAGUGGUUAUCGUCUAUAACAAAAUGGACAAGAUCGCCUUAUACACAUAUUUUCCAUAUAAAAACCCGUUGAGCUGCGAAAGUGUACGGCCUAGUUUAAUUGGACUCUGGGGAGAAACUGAUAUAGACCCAAAUGAUUUCUAUCCAGACAAAAUGUCUAACAUGAACGGUUGUCCUUUAUUCAUAUCAACAACUAAGGUCUACCAUCCAGCUACUGAAAGGAGAAUUCCGUUGCAAAUGAUAAAAAAAUCCAUGCAUCAUAUAUUGGGGGACAUAAUGAACUUCAGGCCCGUAAUAAGCAAUAAACAAUACAUAAGUAUAGACUCUGAUGGUGCUGUGAAUUGGACUAAAUCGCUCAAUGAUGUUAUCACUGGUGCGGCGAAUAUUUCCACUUCCACUGUCGCCCUUGGAUUCGAAAAGGCAAAUCUUCUUGAUUUUUCCGCACCCUAUUUUAGAAUACGCCUGGCUUGGAUCGCACCACCUACUACCACUGGAACCACGUUGUGGAAACUUCUAGCCCCGUUAAAUGGUUAUUUGUGGCUCGGUCUUCUUGUCGUUACUCUUUUUGUUAAUUUCGUUCCAUAUGGGAUGAGAUUUAAGCCCAUCAGAAAUUUUAGUUAUCAUUAUUUUAACGGUUUUAAAAAACUUAAUGGUGUUACAUUUAGAACCUGGGGUGUUUUGAUGGGUCAGCCUAUCCGCGUCACUCCCAGAAAGUAUAGAGAUUUCUAUAUCAUCGGUAUAUGGUUAUGGUUUACAUUUUUCGUCAGGAGUGCUUACCAGAGUGUUUUAAUAGGAGCGUUAAAAACAGAUACAAUUGUUGGCAAUUUUGCCAAUUUGCAAGAAGCUGUCGAUGAGGGGUUCACUUUUGGUGGAAGAUCAGGUAUUCUGGGUUAUUUCGAGCAUGAUCCAUUGUUUAGAGAAGGUUUUAAAGUUAUAACAGAUUCUGAUUAUGAACAGAUAUUCCGUGAUGUUUUAGAUUGCAAAAAGAAUUUCGUAAUAGCGACAUCGUUGGAAUAUGCUUGGACGUUAUGUGUAGCAGAAGCGAUCAGCGAAGAGCACUGUGGCUAUGUGUUGCCGGAUUCCAUUUUGAUGGUCCCUCUUGUUGUUUGGAUGCAAAAGAGUUCUCCUUUUAUGAGACCUCUAUCAGUGUGGUUACCGAGACUUCUAGAAAGUGGGUUAUUAAUUAAGGACGCAGAACAAAAGCCAUUGAAAGAUAUUAAAGCAUCUGAUACUUCUCCUCUUACUCAAAGACAAGCAAGUAGCUGCUUUAUUUUUCUUAUUCUCGGUUAUAUAUUAUCAGUGAUUGUUUUUGUUGUUGAGAUUUUAAUUGUUCGGUGGCGCUGA